GCAUCGAUGACUGUGACACUUUUUGCUUGGUUGAUGAUUGGCAUCUUUCUCAUUCAUCCUCUUUCGUUUCUCACUUCACUCAUUCUCAUCUCAUCAUAAUCAUCUUGUCUAUCUCUGUGAAAACAAAUAAAUUGGAUUGAUUGACUACUACUGUACAACUAUUAAUAGUUGCAGCUGAAAGCACGAAAGUAAAAAUGAGAAAAUCAACUUUUCUUGUUGUUUUUCUGAUCUUGCUGCGGACUGGAGCAGCAGCAGCAGUAGCUACAGGAGGAUCCCCACUAUCAGUACCGAUAGUAAGAGUAAGAAAUCUAGCGAGCUGCACAGAUUCGCUUGCUGCUGCGGAUGCUGACGACAGUGGCGGACUGUCGCUGGAAGAAUUCACUUCCUUUCUCAAACAAAAAAACGCCAAACACGCCAAAGCCCACGCCGUGGACACCAAAUCCACGAUUGGCACUACCGUGGAAAAUUCCAUCCAGCACGUAUUUUCCACCUUUCCCACUCUACAGGGCACCGCAGAGGUGGAUAUCACGGGAGCUGCUGCUACUGAUCUUGCCCAAGUGUCUCCUAGUCAACAGGCAGUGCUGGAGCUCAUUUGUGAAAGAAGUCAGGCACUCCUCUUAAGUACUACUAGUAGCCAUGCUGCCAAAACGACCAAAAAUAAUCCGUUUCAAGGAGAACAAGUCGCAGGCAGCCGGCAAGGGCUUCCGGAGGUUCUGGAGCACUUGUUCUAUCAAGUUGGAGGUGUAGAUAUUUCAUGGGAGGAUGCACAAACAAAAUGCCCCACGCAGUUCACAUCUCUAUUUCAAUGCGUGCUAGCGAGAUGUCCCAACUUAUUGGAGGUGUGUUAUGGUUUCCAGGAAUCUGCCACGGGACGAGUCGCAGUCGCAGUUGCAAUCCUUGGAAAACAGGCUGCUGGGGAUACCGGUGCCCCUAUAUGCUCAGCCGAUGGAGAUACAUUCACAUGCAACCAAUCGUCGCAAUUCAAUACAGGGGGCACCCAAACCGACGUAGAAAGUACCAUCACAUGUGACAUCAACGCUGCCCUCGGCUUUGACGUGCAACAAUCCGAUAACUGUGCUUGCAGCGCUCUGUUGACGACGGAUGGGGUUCAGAGGGCAUGUUCCUGCGGUGUUUGUUCACAGGGUUCUCCACAAAGCCUCAGUGUCGACUGCAGUGCAAACGAACAAGAUCCUUUCGUAUUUGAACCAUGCAUUGCACUCGACUGUGACGGUCGCUGCAUUCAAGGCGAUACCGGUACGGCAGGCAGCGAUACUGGUACUGCUGCCACCGGUGGUGACACUGCUAGUAAUGGUGCGGUUGGAACAUGUAGCGAUAUCCAGAACGAUUUCUGUGGAACGGUCCUGGCAGGGGAUGACUGCUGUAUGACCGAUUGCGCCGAGGAGCUAGCUGAUGUCACAACUUGCGCCAUUCUACAGAAUACGGGAGAGGAUUGUCAGCUCAGUGAGUGUGAUGAUGUGGACACAGCUGGAAGUGGAGGUGAUUCGUCGUCAUCGGGUGGUCCAAUGUUCCUUGACGGUUUCGUUCUCAACGUUGCUGGACUUACCGUUGAUGCCUCAACAGCAGAGACUGACUGUCCCAGCGAAUGGGCUGCUAUGGUCCAAUGCAUCAUCACAGAUUGCCCUUACUUCCUAGAAGUCUGCUCAGAUCCUACUCAAGGCUUCGCCAACGCUACAGUUCCAUCCUGCCAAGAGCUCGAUGAAGCACUUUGUUCAGCCUUUGCAGGAACAGAAUGCUGCAUGGCUGGAUGUGCGCCGGCAGUGCAACUAUUGCUGGCCUGCUUAUUUCAAACAUUCACCGGAGAGGAUCUUUCAGUCUGCGAAGUUACAGAAUGCGACAGCGUAUCGGUAGCACCGUCUUGCACCAAUGAAGAAUGCGAGGCACUUGGUCAGUUCUGCUCCGGAUUGGGGCAAUGCGAGGACUUGACCUGCGAAAACUGGGCCGCACUCCAUCCGUUCGAAGAACUAGCCUUCAGCAGCAAGCCCUGUGCAGCCCAAUUUGGGGCCGAUGGGGAAACUAGCUUUUGCUCGCCGGAUGGCUCCUGCUUCGAAUACUCCUGUGAGAAUUGGUACCAGUACGGCCCCUUUGAGUAUACAGGCUACGACGGUUCCGUGGAUUUGACAUGCACUGAGUACACCCAGGGCGACCAGGAAAAUAUGAACUCGGUCGUUUUUGGUUGCCGAACAUACAAACCUGGCUUCAAUUCACUGGAUGGCAGGACUUGGACACAUUUCUUCAACAGAGAGUGUACAGCCAAUGGAUUCACUUGCUAUGAUAAUGAUGACAACGCGGACUUUCGUGACUUUCAGGGAGAAGCCGCACGUGUGAAUCCCGGCUCCUGCGAUCCAGAAAUGAAUGUUGAGCAGCAACCUGUGUAUUGGUACAACGUUCUACUCGGACGAGAAAUCGAUGGCGAGAUCUACGAGGCAGAACUACCUAGGGACUCCACCGGUUCGUUUUCUGAAAGCAGAGCCAAAAGGACAAUGUAUGCGGUGUUCUCAGGUGAUGAGGAAUACGAUUCACCAUCAGGCUCUGAUGGCACUGGAGGUGGGGGGCUGCAAGACCUUGAUGAAUUCACCUUCAAUGUUGCUGGAAUCAGCAUUGAUGCUGAAACAGUACAAGAGGCUUGCCCAGAUGAAUUUGACAUGACUUUUCAGUGCAUCAUUCGAGACUGUCCAUUUUUCCUCGAUGUCUGCCCAAAUUUCACAGAAGACCUGGGUUCGGGCAUGGCUGAUACAGUCCCCUCCUGCGAAGAACUUGAUCAAGGACUCUGUGAUUUGUAUGGUGGAGAGCCAGAGUGCUGCAUCACUGAUUGUUUCACGGAACUUCAAGGGUUGUUGGUGUGCGCAAUAUCUGAGCUGACAGGAGAGGAUCGUUCUGAUUGCGCAGCACCAACCUGUGCCACCUCCACCAGUGACAGUGGAGGUGGAGGUGGGGGGCCAAAUGACAUGGAUGAAGGGGGCGGAUUGUUGGAUACCUUUGAUGUUUGGUUUGCCGGAGUGCAGAUUGAUGCGUCGGUCGCCGAAAAUGCUUGCCCCGUUGAAUGGCUUGUGCUUGUCACCACUGUUAUCACUCAGUGCCCCAACUUUUUAGACGUCUGCCCUUCAGCACUCGAAGGGAGUCCCGGGAAUAGCGACAACAAUGGUGCAGUGCCCGCUUGCCCCGCAUUCAACCAACAAAUCUGUCGGGAAUUGGAUUUCCAGAAGCAAGAUCCAGGCUGUUGCUUGGAUGUGGCCACGUACCAACUCUACGAUUUGACUCUCUGCAUAAUCCGAGAAACCACAGGAGAAGACCUCUCCACGUGCGGACUCCCGGACUGUGUAACAGCUGCAACAGCAUUACCGGAGGGAGGCCACGAUGGUGCCGAUAUAGGUGAUGCCUUCGUAGGAGCCUUGACUUCAGCCAUUAAUAUCACAGGAUUUGACGUGGACAUCUUUGGCACCAAGCUUUCCCCAGCUCUGAAUAUUGAUAUUCCCGAAUGCAAUUAUGAUUGGUUCUGGACGCUCGGAUGCAUCAAGGAACAGUGCUCCAAUUUCUUGGAAGUCUGCAGAGAUCCAAACGCAGCUCCAAACACCAACGUCUCCUUUGUGAUGGGAGGGGCUUCUCCCCAAACUUGUACAGAGCUCGAAACAGGAAUUUGCGACCCAUUGUCAAGAUUCCCCGUGGGCUGCUGCUUCUCUGAUUGUAUACUCCCUCUUUACACACUGGCAUCGUGUGUUGUUGACAAUGCCAUCCCAGACAAGGAAAUCAGAGAAUGUAGGCCGCCUUGUCUCGUUGACUGGUUGGUCGGUCCUGGAUUGCAACUGGCUGGGGCUGUGCCACCAACGGCUGAGGAUCUUGCACUUUUCGAGUUUGAUUUCUUUGGAAAAAAUCUAACUGGCCGUGAUGCGGAGGCACAGUGCAACGAUGAAACGAGCAAAACGAUUGAUUGUGUCAAGAAGGAUUGCCCAAACUUCUUCUGGUCUUGCGCUCGGGAUCUGGCAGGGUUUCCGUAUGCUGUUAACACCGACCCUGAUGCUCUAUUUUCCAGCAGUGCAGCCCCACUAGACUUGACGCCUGCAAACUUUGGUUGCACGAAUUUUACCGAUACCUUUUGCGAGUUGUUCAAAGUGUCAGAGGCUUGUUGCCUCUCGAAGUGCAUGGCACCAAUGUAUGAUUUGGCAGCCUGCAUGAUUGACUUUGCUAUUGGCGACAACUCAAAUCUUGCCGGAGGUUGCUCUGCCCCACAAUGUGUUGCGGACUAUGGAGAUGCCUACAAUCCUUCCGUUGGUAUCAUCCCUGUGGCUGUCAACUCGUCCUUCUUGAUCUCGACGUUGGAAACAAUUACUGCUGCAGCCCUGCUGGCGCAGCUCAAUGACGGAGACAACGUAGCACUGCAGGUACUGCUUGACGCCUACCGUGCCUGCGUCCAGGCUGCGGUGGAUUCGCUCAAUACUGAUUCUGGUGGUAGGCAACUGGGCCAUCUUCCAACUGUUGAUGGCAUUCCUCACCGACAGCUACAAACGUUGCCUCCAGAGUUUGAUCCCAACAGUGCUGAAAUAUACAACUUUAUGGACACACCUUGCGAUGACACUUCGGCAACAGUUUCAAAGCAAGGUGGCGGCACUGCGCAGCAACAACAACAAACCUGCAUUACUGUAUUUGGCAAGUACAAGCUGAGCGUGGACCCACAAGACAAUCCCCAAGCAGUCUAUGAACGGUUUGAAGAAGCCACGACAACUGCAAUCAGCACUGGUGUCCUCCAAGACAAGCUGCAAGAGGCGGCGGCAGUACAAGCGAACAAUAAUGUUGGGAAUGCUACAAACAACACUGCCGCUUCGUUUGUAUCUCCGUUUGUGGUCCAAGGUGUGUCGACAGUCGUUGACGAAAGCUUUGUGGCGAUUAGUCCACUGGAAAUCCCGGCGACACCGGAUGCGAGUAGACCCGAGUUGGGAGCAACGGACAAUGCUACCGGUAAUACGGGGACCAAUAAUGCCACGGCAGCACCCACGGAAGCACCAGAUUCUGGGGCAUCCUCUCUUUGGAGGUCUGCAGCCACGGCGCUGUUGGCUAUUCCGUUCUGCAUAGCUUUGCUGUCGUAAUCAGUACGGGUACUUCAUCAUGGCUAGCUACCUAGCUCCCGACCUUUGAGUUUUGCUGCGUCGGAAGCCUGGACUAUCUAGCUAGAGUAAUUAAUUUAAUAACGUGCAUAUUCAAGU